GGAAGGGAGCAAAAUGAAGGCCGAGUAGAAAUGCUGUAUAACUCAUCGUGGGGUACACUUUGUGGGCGAGGAUGGGACUUAAAGGAGGCCGACGUGGCCUGUCGACUGUUAGGUUUCCUAGGUGCUUCAGACGUUCUCCAUAACACUGCAUUCGGCGAAGGGACUGGGAAGGUAUUUCUGGAAGACAUCUCGUGUCUUGGAUCGGUGGUCACCUCGAUGAACUGUACCUUCAUGUCCCUAGAGGCCGUCGACUGCCCCCAUAAUCUGGAUGUUGGAGUCAUGUGCAAAGGUUCGGUGAUGUCGAUGAUGUCCUCUAGCGAAAUGUCGUUAACCAGGAAUCCACAAAACUACUCUGAACACCAAGAUGGAACAUCGAACUCGAUACCACCUGUUGAAAAGAGUUGUAAUCCUUAUUUGACCCUCUUAUUGGUUGGAACGAUCCUGGCAGUGAUUUGCGCUAUUUUGGUUGUUGCAGUUCUCUUCGGGUACUAUCGUAAUAGAAAGCUGAAGGCGGCGAUGAAGAUCCUAGAUGAACAGCUUUCCUCGAAUGUGACUGGAUUCCCGAAAGAAGAUUCAUCAUAUGAGACACUCGACCUGCCCAAGAUCUCAACAGGAAUACACCUAUACACUGGCUUAAAGGUAUCUGGAAUUAGCGACGAAGACCAGGUCUACACAGAAGUGGCCUUUACGAAGGAUUGUGAUGACCAAAGUCUUGGUUGCAGUUAUAAAUCUUCAAAACCCUCUAAUGGCAUCCAGUCUAAGGCCGGCAGGUUUGGUACUCGAGAGUGUGACAUUCCAUUGCCAUCGGAACCGUAUGACUCCACAUAUGCUAAUUGAUGAUAACGUUAUUCUAAGUAUCUUAGCCAGGGUAAUAUAGGAGCGCCUUGAGCACCUAGCAAGGUGGAUACGUGCGCUAUACAAAUUCUGUAUUAUUAUUAUAUAUCUUCUCUCGUUUUCCACUGGCUUUAUACAUAUAGGGGGCAUAUGGAUCCGCAGUCAUGACAAAAUAUAAAGGACAAAAUUUAACAUGGAAUAGGAAAGGGGUGACAUAAAAUAUACUUUUUAGUAGUUAGUCCAAGUUAUCGCAGAAUAUCAGAAAAUCCAAAACUUUUUCAAAAAUUGCCAUAUCUGGCCCCUCAAAAUGUUCUGUUUAUUAUGCCACUGCUUGGUUAUGAGGUUAAUUCCAUAUUGUUCUAUUUCUCAUUUCAGUCUUCAUUCUUUCGCCAUUCUUUUGUAUACAAUUAUAAUUUUACCCCACUUUAAAAAUGCACCUUCUGUAUAAAAUACGUUCAAUAUGUUCGGUACCAUACUGUCCACUGUGUUGGGUAAUUAAUGGUAAUGUAUGUUGGCAAAAUAAUAUAUAUAUAUUCUGGGCAAUUAUUAUCCAAUUGAGCAUAUCUAUUACCAAAUUAUUAGUUUUUAUUACCCAAUUUGGACAAAAUUUAACCAUUAGCUGUGUGGACAGUAUGUUUCCCAGUGAUGGUUCAAAGUUGGGGCCUUCUUUUUGCCCAACCUUGUUAUAAGAGCGUACGUAGUUUGUGUAUAUUUAUUCAUAUACUUGCGAUCAUUAGAAUAAGUUAUAUGAUUAUUGUAUCCAGGAAUUUAUAAAAUUCAUGAUAUUCUACUCAGACGAAAUGUAAUUUGAUCAGAUUGUAUACCAAAAUGAUGCAGUCGCACCAACUUUAAUCGACUACAAACUGACCGAUGGUAUGCCAAUGAUAAUAUAGUUACAGCAUUUGUGUCUCGGUGAAGUAUAAAGGCUUAGUAUUAUAUUUGAGGUCAAAUCCAACCUAGAACAAUGUUGAUUCGAAUAAAUAAAGCAAAAAUCAAACUAGCAUAACGAUGAAAAUUUCAUCAAAAUCUGAUGUAAAAUAAGAAAGUUAUGAUAUUUUAAAGUUUUGCUUUUCACAAAACAGUGAUAUGCACAACUCAGUGGCAUGCAAUGGAGACAAUCGAUGAUCUCCCUCCCUCACUAUUUAUUUUAUAGUGAGUGGAUGACGUCAUCAUUCUCCUCAUUCGCAUAUCGACCAGGAUGUGGAUAUAACUCUUUUCUUAAAUGAAGCGAUACUUAUACAUGUCAAAACUUUCUUAUUUUACAUCCGAUUUUGAUGAAAUUUUCAGUGUAAUGCUUGUUGGAUUUUUCUCUUUUAAUUCAAAUCAAUUUUUUGUUGGGAUGGAUUUGUCCUGUAAGAUCUGUGUUAGUGGCAAUUACAUUCAUACACUAAAUACUGUAUAUAGAAAGUAGCUUUCUGUAAUUUUUACACAUUUGCCUGCAACAAGAACUAUGAAUAAUUUUGUUUAAUUUGUAAUUAUGAAAUACACAAAAUAGCACUGUCGUUGAUACAUGAAUAUUCAUUGUGUGUUUAUAUAGACCAUCCUAUAUUCUUACUAUUUAAUACGAUGGAACAGAAUAUUGCUGCUUGAAAAUAUUAAUCCUUAUAAAUAUUAAAAGAACGCACUUU